UUGGUCCCUCUACUCUUGUAAAUGUUGUCACUUCACAACAUGCAUUCCAGAGCCAAGUCCCGGAGCUGUGACAACUACCUGAGUAUAAAGGAUUCAGAGUCCUUGGACAGCUGCAUUCAGAGCACCCUGUCGGCUCUGUACCCUCCCUUCAGCGCCACCGCGGCCACCGUCCUCUGGCAGCUGUUCAGCGUGGUGGAGCGGCAGUACCGGGGCGACGGCCUCCGCUGCCUCAUCGACUUCCUGCUCCCGGCCAAGAGGAUCCUACAGACCAUCCAGCAGGAGACAUGUGUGCGGUUCAAAGGGCUGCUGUUCUAUCACGAGGGGUGGCCGCUGUGCAUUCAUGAGAAGGUGGUCCUGCAGCUCGCGCCCUUGCACAAAGUCCGACUGAAACAGGGAGACUUCUACCUACAGGUGGUUCCUCUGGGCCGGAAGUCGGCCAAGCUGGUGAUAAAAUGCCUGUCGGGCAGCGGGCAGGCCAUCGCCGAGAUCCCCGUGGAGGAGAGCAUGUACGGCAGCGUCUUCACGGCUGACUUCCUGCAGAAUGUGACGCGCGACCGCAACCUGCACCCUCUGCAAAACUGCCUGCUGACCACCGGAGCGGUGGUGUACCGCACGCCGUGGAAGAACAUCGUCAACCCUCUGUUUGUCACCAGCACUGCCGACGCCAUCAUGCAGGCGCGCCGGGGCGGGGCCUUCCGCGCCCAGCUCACCACCUGCAGCACCAGCGGCUCCACGGGGACCCUGGACAGCCACCGCAGCUCCCGCGAGUCGCUCCACUCUCAGGGCGCCGACUCUGCUGUGUUUGAGCCCGCGACGCCCAGGGAGCAGGGAACGGUCCGUAAAGAGCCGGGUGCCACCGAGGACUCCCUGGUCCCCACCGUGGGCCACCAGGCCCCAGGCCCAGAUUCUAAAGCGCUCAGCACUGAGGUGUCAUCGCCCUCAUCUGCUGUGACAGAGGAGGGAGGAGGGCUUAAAGAGAGGAUGGGAGGCGGGCCCAGGGCCCUCUCCUUCAGCACUGACCUUAGCAAUCCGGGCCUCCGCCGGCGCCACCCUCGCGACUCGGCGGCUUUCGAGGCCCGAAGACUUUUCCGGAAGUCCUAUAUGGAGGCCCUGCAGAACCCCAUGAAUCUGGGCUCCAGUUCAGAGUCUAUCCUGGAGGAGGCAACAGAGCAGGGAGCCCCCGUCCCACCGCGGGAGGAUGGCCCAUUGCUGACGGGCAAUAGCUCAGACACCCGCACCCCCCUGAGGGACCUCUUGCCCAGGAGGAUAGGCACAAAGGCCUUGCUUGGGGGAGAGGAGACUCGAUCCAAUACGCCCCUCCUUCCACUGCAAAGGGGACUUAAAAUCCCUGACCUGAGCAGAUCAGAGAGGCGCUCCAAAUCUCUAGAACGGACAAGUAAGACCUCACAGGUCAAAGGUCACAGGGCCCGCUCCUCUUCUGGGGGCUCUGCCAGUGGGUCCCCUAAGAAAAGCCUGAAUGGAUACUCUCUCAGGUUUGGGAGGCUGGAGGUGGAGGCAGAAUUAACAAGCACAGAGAGGAAAGAAGACUCAGGGCUACACGAGGCUGGGAAUGUCACCGAUCACAGGCGAAACAGCCACGGCGGAGACGAGACCCAGUCUCCAAAGCCCCCAAGGUCACCCUCUGCAGUGCCACCUACUGACUGUGCCCUGCAACUGCCCAGACUGGCGUCUGAGGUAAACCAGGACCUGCUGGGGUCUGGUGCCAUUGUCCUGCCAGGUAACAGAGACCGCAGCGGGCGAGCAGUGCUGCAGGUGUGCACUCGGAGUCAGGUGUGGGCAGGUGAGAGCUGCACAGCCAAAGAGCUCACCUGUCUGCUGGGCUACUACUACACCACGCUCCGAAAAGAGAAGCAGGAUCAGGGUAUAACAGUUCUGGUGGAUACACGCAAGCAGCAGCCUAGCCCAGUACUUUUUGCAUCCUUGUCAGAAGUCCAGGCAUUGCUACCAAAUGCACUUUACUGUGUUCUAAUGCUCGUAGACAAGGACACAGCUUCCAAGCCUGAGCGGGACUUCACUGUACAGUGUGAGCUCCUGCCCUCGCUAAAGGCCCUGCUGAAGCACAUUGACUCCUCUCAGCUCACGCGCGACUUGGAGGGCAGCUUCCACUAUGACCACACGCACUGGGUCCAGUUCAGGCGGAAAAUCGAACCCUUCGCCAACAGCUGUAGCAUGGCAGUCGCCUCCCUCCAAAACUCCAUCGCCACCCUCUCUACCAGGGGCAACCUGGACAGCUCCAAGGAGGUGUCAGAGGCGAUCGAGCAGCAGAGGCGGCUGAUGAAGGACGUGCUGGAUGACACGCGGCUGAUCAGACUCAGGCUAGAGGGCGGCACCGUGCUGGCGCGGAUCAGGAAGGAGGAGCCCAGCGAGAACGACAGCUACAGGGAUGCAGUCGACAUGGUGAGCUCACUGUACAACCAGGUUGAUGAGGAGGUUCACAAGCUGGUCAUCCUGUCCAACAAGUCCCUGAAGCAGCUCGAGAACCUUCUGGAGAUCCGCAGGUUCGAAGAGGGGAGUGAGCGGAUAAAGCUGUGGUUCAGCAUGGAGGGGGAGAACCACCUCGCCCCCCUGGACUCCCUCAGUCUCUCUCUCAGUGUGCUGAGGCAGAGGAGGCAAAGUUUCACUCAGUUCCUGGAGGAGUCGUUGCAACACCAGAAACAGGGCCUGCUCCUGAUCCGGGAGUCAAAGGCCGUCCCAAACUCCUCUCUUCUGGACUUCAAACAGUACCUCAGCUCCAUCCUGGGGAGAAUCGAGAGGCGCAAGAGUGAGCUGGAGGUCCUGCUCAACCUGUAUGAGUUCUAUGAUUCGGCCGACCAGUGGGCAGAGCACUGUCAGGACUACCUACGGCAGCUGAAUCUGGAGAGCGAUGGGGGCAUCGGCCUCCCCCCUGCGGUGCUGCAGGUCCUGCAGGACUACCAGGGAGAGGCCGCCAAGUUCUCCCCGGAGAACUUCCACACACUCAACGAGAUGGUGCUGAACCUGGGCAGCUCCCGCGAGCUGGAGCAGUGGAACGCCCUGUGGCAUCGGUGCCAGCAGGCCCGCGGGCAGCUGGAGGAGGCCCUUUGUAGGGCCAAGACAGCACCGCCGUCACCCACAGACUUCAAAACCCCAGAACCACCCGCGAACGAGCAAGGACAGACCGUGGUGCAACCAGCCAGAGAGGGCUUUGUGUCACCCGCUGGACUGGACACCAGGGCAGCACCUGCCUUUGAGUACGAGGACGUUAAACCACACUCGGCUGGUCCUUUCUCCAAGGGCCAUCCGUCCUUCCCCUCCUCCUCUUCUCUCUUCCCCUUUCCCCCGGAGGGUGACAAACUGAGCCAUUCCCCCUCUCUGUACGACGACACGGACAGCGACUGCACCAUCGACUCCUCUGCCUCCUGCCAGUCGGAGCCGGUCUACUCCCCGGCCACGCGGCACCGCAAGCAGCCGCUGAAGAAGAUCAUGAAGAAGACCAUGAGCUAUGACCUGUCCACGCGCGACACCGCUCACACGCACGCCCACGAAGUCAGCCUCCACGGGUACACAGGGGUCUACAUUAAGGGCCUGGAGGUGGCCAAUAAUGUCUCUGUAGAGAAGAAGCUUCAGCGGCCGGACGUGAAGAGCCCCGCCCUGGGCCGGAGCCGCAGCAUGUCUUCGCCUCCCAGAAUGCACUGCAGGCACUCAGAGGGCGACUCCAAAAAGCAGAGCAGUAAAGUUAAGCACAUCAUGGAGGAAAUGAUCGCCACCGAGAGGGAGUAUGUGCGGUCGCUCGGCUACAUCAUUGAGAACUACUUCCCCGAGAUGGAGCGUUUGGACCUGCCCCAGGACCUGCGUGGGAAACGCAGCAUCAUCUUCGGGAAUGUGGAAAAGCUCUAUGACUUCCACAGCCACUACUUCCUGAAGGAGCUUGAGAGCUCCGCCCACUCACCCCUGUCAAUCAGCAGCUGUUUCCUGCGACACGAGGACCAGUUUGGGAUGUACGCUCUUUACAGCAAAAAUAAGCCACAAUCUGAUGCCCUGUUGGCCAGCCAUGGUAACGGCUUCUUUAAGAACAAGCAGGUGGAGCUGGGAGACAAGAUGGACUUGGCCUCUUACCUGCUGAAGCCCAUCCAGCGCAUGAGCAAGUACGCCCUGCUGCUGAAGGACCUCAUCAAAGAGUGCGGCCAUUCGCACGAGCAGGAGCUCAGCGACCUCCGCACCGCAGAGGAGAUGGUCAAGUUCCAGCUGCGCCAUGGCAACGACCUGCUGGCCAUGGACGCCAUCCGAGGCUGUGAUGUGAACCUGAAGGAGCAGGGCCAACUCAGGUGUCAGGACGAGUUCAUUGUCUGGUGUGGCCGCAGGAAGUACCUCCGCCAUGUCUUUCUGUUUGAGGACCUCAUUCUCUUCAGCAAGACUAAAAAGAUUGACGGAGGAUAUGACAUCUACAUCUACAAGCAGUCCUACAAGACGGCUGAGAUUGGGAUGACGGAGAACGUUGGUGACAGUGGGCUGCGGUUUGAGAUCUGGUUCCGCCGCAGGAAGUCCCAGGACACUUUCAUUCUGCAGGCCAGCUCAGGGGAGGUGAAGGCAGCCUGGACCACCAUUAUCGGCAAGAUUCUAUGGAGACAGGCCCUGAGGAACCGAGAGCUUCGCAUGCAGGAGAUGGUUUCCAUGGGGAUCGGCAACAAACCCUUCAUGGACAUUAAGCCCAGCGAGGCGGCCAUCAGCGACCGCGCCAUUGAUUACAUCAUGAAGGGGUCAGAGUCCAGAACCCGGGCGUCCAUCGCGGUGUCUUCCUUCGAUCACUCCACCCCCUUCAAGAGACCCCACUCCACCAUCUCCAACAGCAGCACCUCCUCAUCCAGCAGCCAGUCGUCCUCCUCCCUCCUGGGUUCCCUCAACCUGCACCUGUACCCCUCCCCUGCCCACCCUCUCCCUGGCUGCCCCCCCUUCGGCCACUGGCCCUACGACUGCAUCGAGGAGGACGAGCUGGAGCAGGACACCAGCAGCCAGCCAUCCAUGAUUACUGAGAGCUCAGAGACAUCCUCACAGUGCACCUCAAGCGACAGUGUGACAGGCCUGAACGGCCUCACCCUUCCAGGCCAAGGCAACAUCGCCAUGGAGACCUACUCCAGUGAUGCCACCUCCUUCCUGUGUGCAUCUUCCUCCUCCUCCUCCCCACCGCAGGUCUCCUCAUCGGCCCAUUUCCAAAAGGAGCAGGACCUCCAGCAGCAGAGCAAUAAGUUCAUCACGGCAAGCAAGACAUCUCAUAUAACAUUAGGCCUCUCAACAGUGGUCUGACUGAAAGGGUUUAGCUCACUGUGAUUCUACUUGGACAAGACCACACUCAGAGCAAUAUUGGACUCUCAGAACCACCAGAGCCCCUAAACUGGACUUCUGAAUUUAGCAGAGGAGAUGUCACAUGGGUCUGAUUGGUUUACACCAAACUGCUGAAGAGCACUAAAAAGUGACACUAUCAUAUCUGGGACUGAUAACCCGUCAUCAGAAAUACAUUUUUGGAAUUUUAUAAUUAUGUAUUGUAAAUUAAAAUGAUAACUUCUAUGCAGUACUAAAAAAGCGACAUGCUGGUACGUAAUGAAAUGUAUAUGGGUUUAGUUAAUUAGAUCUGCAUCACUGUUUAUAUUGUAGAUGAGUUUUUUAUUGCUGUUUUUUCUUUUAAAAGGAAAACCCAAACAACAAAUUACAAUUAGUACAGAGCAAUGACACCUUUGUAUUAUGUUUAGC